UAUAUAUAUCUACACUUCUCCAUGGCCAUUGCCUCUCCAAGGCUCACGUCCAUGGCCCACCUCCCUCUCCUCUCUCCUCCCCCCACCACCUUCUCCUCCUCCUCCUCCUCCUCUGCUCCACCUUCAAUGCCGACGUCGAUGCCGCCACCACCUUCUUCUUCUUCUUCUUCUUCUUCUUCGUCGUCGUCGUCGUCGUCUCUGGUGUUCGACGCGGCGGUGCUGAGCCGGCAGGCCGACAUCCCGGCGCAGUUCGUGUGGCCGGCGGAGGAGGCGCCGGCGGCGGAGGCGGGGGAGGAGGAGCUGGGGGUGCCGUCGGUCGACCUCGGCGCGUUCCUCUCCGGCGCGCCCGGGGCGGCGGCGGAGGCGGCGGCGCUCGUGCGCUGGGCCUGCGAGCGGCACGGCUUCUUCCAGGUGGUGAACCACGGCGUGCCCGCGCGGCUGCUGGCCGAGGCGCACCGCUGCGCCGCCGCGUUCUUCGCGACACCGCUCCCGGAGAAGCAGCGCGCGCAGCGGCGGCCCGGGGACAGCUGCGGCUACGCCAGCAGCUUCACCGGCCGCUUCUCCGAGAAGCUCCCCUGGAAGGAGACCCUCUCCUUCCGCUUCUCCCCCGCCAAUGCCGCCGCUGCCGCCGACGACCUUGUCCUCAAGUACUUCCUCUGCACCCUCGGCCAUGACUACGAGCACAUCGGGAGAGUGUACCAGGAGUACUGCGAGGCGAUGAGCCGGUUAUCGCUGGAGAUAAUGGAAGUCCUGGGUUUGAGCCUCGGCGUGGGGCCGGAGCACUAUCGGCGGUUCUUCGAGGGCAACGACUCGACAAUGCGGCUCAACUACUACCCGCCGUGCCAGCGGCCGGAGCUGACGCUCGGCACUGGCCCGCACUGCGACCCGACCUCGCUGACGAUCCUCCAUCAGGACGACGUCAGCGGGCUUCAGGUCUACACAGCGGAGGAUGAGCGAUGGCGGACGGUGCGGCCGCGGGCGGACGCGUUCGUGGUGAACAUCGGCGACACGUUCAUGGCGCUGUCGAACGGGCGGUACAAGAGCUGCCUGCACCGCGCGGUGGUGAACCGCGAGGCGGCGCGCAAGUCGCUGGCCUUCUUCCUGUGCCCGCGGAUGGACCGGGUGGUGCGGCCGCCGCCGGCCCUGGUCGACGGCCGCAACCCGCGGGCCUACCCGGACUUCACCUGGGCAGCCCUGCUUGAGUUCACACAGAAGCACUACAGGGCUGAUAUGAAGACACUUGAUGCAUUCUCACACUGGAUUCAAUCAACCAACAAAGGUGUAGCAUGAUGAAAAAUAUAUGGGUGUCAAUGUUUAAUUUUGUCCCCCCAUUUUUAACUUUUUUUUUUUCUCUUUUUUUGCUCUAAACUAGCUAGUUAGGGUGCUAAAUUAGAGAUGGAUGGAGGAUUAAGGGAGGCAUGAUAUUAUGAUGCAUGCGAAGAAAUAAGAGGCUAAGAGGUAAAUUUUAAAGAGGAAAAAGAAAAAAGUAAAAUUAAGCAAGAAA